CAAGUUGCGGAGGAGUGUUUUUAAAAGGUUGGAGGUCAGUGUAAUCCAGUCGCAGGCAGGCAAACCGGCAACCUGUGAGAAGUGAGAAGUCUUACGUUUGUUUGUGCCGUCUUCCCUUCAGAUCGAACUGAGCACUUUUAACACUGUGUAGCUGAACCUCUCUAUUCUCCGUAUUUGUGUGUGUGUGUGUGUUUCUCUCUUUCUGUCUUUUAUUUUCUCUUGCCUUGCUGGAAUACUGAACAUACUGGAGAUAUAGUGCAUACCUCGUGUAGCGGUUGCACGAGCGUGUGUGUGUGUGUUGUUGUUGUUGUUUUCUUCUUCACCUGGACUACAUGUUGCUGACUGGAGCAUGUCCGUUGUGGGAGAACAGCCACCUAUGAGUUUCUUCGAUCGAGGGGGACUGGGGCUGGGGCCGGGGCCGGGGCCGGGGCCGGGGAGUCUGCCCCCUCCACCCCUCGUUCCACAGCUGUGGCGACCGGCUCUGUGGUGCACCUCCCCAAACUGCCCUGACCUGCCACUGUACCCGCAGCCGAGGACGAUGACUCACCUGUUGGAUGAUUACUAUGUCCCUCCCCCCUUGUGGCAUCCCUGGUACUUCAAAGGUGAGAGUCUGUACAAGCGGACGUCCCCUCCGCACCACGAUGACCGUGAGUCGCCGAGCAAGGAGCUGCCAUCGAAACUGCUCAAGCUGGAGAGACUGAAGGAGCGGCAGGAUCUGCCCCAGACUCUCAACUUCGACAAGGACCACGCCGACAAGUACAGCUCAAAGAAGACCUGCACAGCAGGCACGCAGACACAAUUCACUAGCUUUAAUGGUGACAACUACAACUACAGCAACCCAGUCUCCAGUGACGCUUACAGCUCGUGGCAUGGGUUACCUCCCCUCCCACCACCUCCACCAUUUCCUAGUCAGACCUCCAGCCCGAGCCGAGACAUCGACGUGGCAUCACCUGGAGUGCAGAACGUGCCACUGAACUUGUCGCGGACCAGCAACGGGUCGUUACGAUCCCCGAACCCUGUGCGGCCCUCGGUGAUCACGACAUCGCCAGGGUCCUUACAGAACGGUAACUCCACGAGGUAUCUGCCCCGCAGUCCCAGCUCCAGUCCCAGCGAGCUGUCGCCCACGGCCAGUCAUCCCGAAAUACCAGCAGUUAUCAAUGACCCGGCCAUAGAGGAGCACUUCAGAAGAUCACUGGGCAAGAACUAUGCAGAGAAGAUCCCAGCCAAGCCACCAUCCAUUGCCAUUGUGAAAGAAAAUGUUUCCAUCACAGGUUCUGUUGACGAUCAUUUCGCCAAGUCUCUGGGAGACACCACAUGGACAGCCAUCAAGGCCAAAUCAGAUCCCAUCAAAGAUAUGUUUUCUGGGUCAGUGGACGACCAUUUCGCGAAGGCCCUGGGGGACACAUGGCUGCGAAUCAAGGCUGAGAAAGAGACUGGCUGCCUCAGCUCGAACUGUUCCUCCCCCUCGGGCUCCCCCCAGCACUCGUCAGCCCUGACAACGUAACAUAAACGAUUCCACACAAUCUGUGAUACAUCUUCAUCGUUCUUGAACAGUCCACGUUUUAAUCCGACCUGUGCAAUUCACUGGAGACUACCAUAUGUCAUACUGAACAAGAACCUCGUGGAGUGCAUUGUAAUGCUAAACUAGUGACUAUUUGUAGUUUGAGGUACUGGUAUACCAUGUGUACGUGUGAUGUACAUGUGAUGGCAUACAUGUACAAUAAAUACUGUAUGCCACACGUGGUAUGAUGGUGUAUGUUGCCACAUAUGGUAGUUAAACAAGUGGAGGAGACUAGAUAUUGAUGUACCAGUAUCUGCAGGAUGUGGUAGGUUCCAUGAACGUGUACUACGGUACUGAACGUGUACUACAUGUGGUACCGUACACGUACAAUAAACACUGUAUGUUUACACAUAGUAUACUGUAUGAUGCUACACAUGGUAGUUAAACUUCAGUGGAGACUAGAUAUUGCUGUAGCAGUAUCUGCAGGAUGUGGUAGCUAGGCCACAGGAACAUGUGUGCUACAUGUGGUAACUUUGUGUGUAUUAAACAUGAUAUGCAACACUUAGUAUGCUUCAUGAUGCUACACAUUGUAAUUCAUUGAAGAAUUCAUUGGAGAUUGUGUAAUGCUGCACUAGUACCUCAUUGUAUAUGGUAUGUCACAUGAUGAUAUAUAUAUUACAUGCCACACAUGGUGUGCAUGGAAAACAGUUAAUGGUGUGCAUGGAAAACAGUUAAUGGUAUCCAGAAACAUAGUGGUGUCAUUCAUGGGAGACAACUCUAGUACAGUGUAUUGUUUUGUACACUAGUGAGUUACUGGUCUUGGUUACGCAGUGUCUUGUACUGUAUCGUACACAUUUACAAGCAUAGUCACCAGUAUUGUAUGAUUUUUUUUUUUUUAAUUCAGGUUGUUGUAUGUAGAAUCAAGUGUUAGAAUGUUGGGGUUACAUUUCAUUAAAUGGCCUCAGAAACUCCAGUCAGUGUAUCACAGUCUUCUCUGUAUAUUAUCAUAAUGAUGAUGUAUGUAUGAUCAUGUAAAUAUGUUAUACAGAGCAAAAGAAAUAAGGGAACACUUGGUAGUAUAGACCAAAUUUAAUUUACGAUUACCAUCAUAAAGUUUAUAUUAAUUACAAAGAUAAUAUGACAGAUUUAAAAAAAUAAAAAAUGUAUAUGUAGGAUUGAAUGUCAGUAAUGUCAGAUUAACUUCCAUUAACACUAAACAUGGUUGAUUUCCUGACACUAUGGAUCAUGGUUUUAGUUGCAGUCACUCUGUGUUAUUAAACAUCCAAUAGCCGAUGAUUCAUAAAUCAAUGUGCUCUAGUGGUAUCGUUAAACAAAACAAACUUUUUUUUUUUUUUUUUUUUUUUUUUAUCUUUGCUGUUAGUGUUGGUGUGAUCCCUUAUUUCUUUUCAUAAGUAUUUUAUAGUCAUUAUCUGUGCUGUGAAUUUGUAGUAACCUAAAUUAUUUCUUAGUUAGUUUGGUAUAUAUUCAAAGACAAUCAUAUUCCCUUCCUUUCUUGUGACAAGAAGUGCAAAGAGUAUGUUAACAAAACAUUUUAAACACUACACAGGAAACAAAUUGUGAACUUCCUUCAGAUAGGAACGGUUUUGUUGUGCUAACUGAUAUUUGUAUAUGUUUGGAAUUAAAAAGUAAGCUUUAAUUACUAUGUUAUAUCUGAGUAAUGAUAUUCAGUAGAAUCUCGUUGGAUUAAACUCCGAAGGGUCGAAUACACCACAACACUCCAAUCAAGAAGUCCCAAGUUACACUUGCACAGUGUGGACCGAAUGGUUAGGUCAAACUACCCAAUGGGAUUAACAUUUUCUCGAGCAACGACAGGGUUCGAGCCAACGGGAUUCAAAUGUAUAUGUACUGUCUUAAAGACAGAUGUAUAUUUUGUAGUUAAACGGACAAUGAUCUAAGUCAGCCAAGAUUUUCUCAGGUGUUUUCAAAACAAAGAAGCUAAAUAUCGACAGUUGGUACAUUUUAAUGUGCUAUAAUUUAUAUGUGAUUGAUUAUAGCAUGCAAAAUACAAAUAUAUAAACAUAGGUUUUAAAAUUCUGUUGCUUGUUUACUAAUUUAGUCUACAAACUUAAAUAUAUUUAUAACAGUUGUAUAAGUCCUAGCUUUUCCUGAUGAACAAUUAAAUACUUUUUAAAUAUUCAUAAAACAUCAAAGUAAUUAUAUUUGACACAUACAUAUUUGACAGUGUUUAUAUCUUAAAGGAUAUUUGUAUAUUUGGGGUUUUUGACAUGGGUUUUGUGUGUGUUUUUUCAAUUCAUAAAUGAUCAAAUUGAGCUAAAAUAAAAAAGGAAAAAUGUCACAUUUUGAAACAACUUGUAAAGAAUACCAGUUUCAGUUUAUGGAGUGAUCUAAAAAUUAGCCAUGACAGAACAUUAAAUGAACUCACACAACUUUUGUAUACUUUUAGUAUUUAAAGCAAUGUAUUCAUUUAGAGUCAGUUAUGUAUUGCAAUAAUAACUAUGCUUUGGUCAUUCAAACCUUAAUUUCACAGUUCACAUCAAAGUUCACAUUAUACAUGUUUUUCACCAUCUAUCAUAAAAUACUGAAAUUCACUUCAAAUUUACACUGUACAAUGCUUUUCGUCAUCAAUAUAUAUACCGGGGUAUAUAUAUAUACACACACACACACACACACAUUUGUAUGUAGUUCAUGUCAAAUUUUACAUUGUCAUUGUUUUACUUCAUCUAAAUUACUCUGAUAUAUAGUCCACAUAAAGUUUGUUGUAUAAUUUUAAUUAUGAAUUUAAAUUUCAAUAUUGCUUAUAUGUGCUGUUACAUAAAUCUUUAUUAAAAUUACAAUGCAUUGUUA